AUGGAAUCGACUAGUACGAUCAUGUAUCCUAUGAUCACUGAGAAUGCUCUGAUGAUGAGCAUCGAAGCAUUCGAGAGGUCAUCUUUGUCCCAAGGAUGUUUAGACAGGCCUAUAGUCAGGGCUGCGGGGCUUCUUGGGAGAGACUCCUCGACAGAGGUGAUCGAUGUUAACAAACUGUCCCAGAAAAGUACAUCGGUAAUUCAAUACGUUGAAGUCGCUGAUACAGAAGGUCGUCUGUAUUGCGUGGAUGGCCUAGUGAGCACGCCAUGCUGGUUAAAAAUUGUCACGCUUGCAAAUGAUUGUCAAAGUUGCAACGUUCUUCUAAUGACGACCGACAAAGGUGUGAUACUGAAAACGAUAAGAAACAUAACUCCAGGUGAACCGCUACUUAUGUGGUUUACCGAAAAUAUUCUGGCUAUGCUGAAUAUGCCAUUUCUGACACCGUCCAAUAUUCAAGGUCAGAAUCGCUACAUUUGUCACAUAUGCAACAACCUGUUCGAGUACCCAAAUCCUUUGAAGAUCCAUUUAGCUCUAAAGUGCAAUCGACUGGACACUAAUCAUCUUUGGUCCGGACUAGCAAAAGAGUUCAGUUCGUCGCCGAGACCAAGCUUGUCUCUUAGUCUCUUCCCCCAGUCGACUUUCAAAUUCAAACUGACCAGAUCAUCGCAAGAUUCGCCUACCAGCAUAUCGCCGAUCUUAGUGGACACUAUGGAUAAUAACGUUCCCCUUACAAAUAAUAAUUCGCCCGAGUCUUCGGAUCAGCCCUCUCCGUCCUCUUCGAAUCCGCUUUCCCCUAAUUCCUCGUCCACGCAAAUCUCGCCGAACUCGUCGACGCAAGUGUCUCCUGUGAGGAAAGAUAUACCUUAUCGACAAUCUGCCUUCAAACCAUACGCGAAUCAAAGCAACAUCUUCGCCAACGUUUGUCCAUUGACGAGGGACGAGACCGUUUUACCGCCGUACAACGUUCAGACGACGACAGCACCGAUCAGUACCGAUGUCCAUGCCGCCCAAAUGGAAACGAUAGUGAGCAAUCUCGGGAAAUCGAAACAAGGACACCUUUGUAUCUACUGUGGGAAAGUUUACUCGAGAAAAUAUGGUCUGAAAAUUCACAUCAGGACCCACACCGGUUAUAAACCAUUGAAAUGCAAGUAUUGUCUACGACCGUUCGGAGAUCCUAGCAAUUUGAAUAAGCACGUUCGAUUGCACGCGGAUGGAGAAACACCAUACAGAUGCGAAUUAUGCGGGAAAGUUCUGGUCAGAAGGAGAGACCUUGAAAGGCAUCUAAGGUCGAGACACCAGGAAAAUGUGGACCAAGCUUCUGAUACCUCGUCCGAUGGAAUCGACGUUUGA